CGCGACGUGGCAAGGAUGCGGCCCCCCAUUAGCCUAGCCCUCCCCUUCCCCGAGCCCCUGCCCACCCCACCUCCCCUGGAUACAAGAGACAUUCUAGCAUACAAGAUAGUAGUUGCUGCGUCGGGCGGCGAGCGGACGGCGGCGGGAGAGAACGGGCGUCGGGAGGACAGACGAGGCAGAAGGCAAGGCAGGACAGACGGCUUCGUUAGCAUGAGGGUUCCCACCAGCACCGCCGUGGGCGUGGGCAUCGGCGUGGGCGUGGGCGCCUUGGCCGGCAUGUGGGCGUGGAGGCGCUGCACCCCUAAGGCGCCGCCCAACACGUGGGAGGAAGUGGGCGUGAUCUCGGCGCUGACGAUGUACCCCCUGAAGUCGGGGCGCGGAGUGGCGGUGGAGGACGGCCGCGCCACGGAGUUCGGGCUCGCCAGCGGCCCCGUGAGGGACAGGUCAUUCAUGGUGAUGACGUCAGAGGGCACCUUCAUCACGUGCCGCCAGGUGGGCCGCCUCGCCACAGUGGUCAUCAAGAUCGAGGGUCAGACGGUGACCCUUAGCGCCGACGGCGAGGGCAAGGUCACCUUCGAUCUCGAGCAGGUCAUGGGGGACGUGAAGGUCAACCAAGUCAGGAUCUGGAACCAACGGACGCGCGGCGCGGACUGCGGCGACGCGGUGGCGGACUGGCUCUCGCAGCUGCUCUACAAGGGCGAGACGCGCGUGCGACUCCUGUACCAAGGCGGCCUGGUCAAGGACCGGCCCGCCAGGAAGCCAGACUACUUCGAGUUCCCGCAGUUCAGGGCGUCGGACAGGGUCCUAUAUGCCGACACGAGCUCGUUCAUGGUAGCGUCCCAGUCGUCGCUGGACGACCUGAACGGCCGCCUGGCGGAGCCCGUGUCCAUGGGGUGGUUCCGGCCCAACGUGGUGGUCCGCGGCGCCAAGCCCUUCGACGAGGACGACUGGGCCUUCCUCAAGAUCGGCGACGUCGUCCUCAGGAGGGUCAAGCCCUGCGAGAGGUGCCUGCUGACCAUCGUGAACCCGGCCACCGGAGAGAGGCAUCCCCAGCAGGAGCCGCUGACCACCCUCAAGACGUACCGCUGCCCACGCGGCCCCCCGAGCCUGGCGAAGGCGUGGGCCCAGAAGCCGGUGUUCGGGCUCCAGUGCGGCACUGAGCGGGGCGGCGCCAUCAGGCUCGGAGACAAGGUCCAGGUGGUGAGGGCGUCCAGGCACCCCGAGUACCAGCUGAUGCACAUGUGAGCGGAGGCGAGGACGGAGGCGGCCGGGCGCCCGGCACCAGGGCGUGGACGCGUCGUUUCAUUAUUUCAUUACUCUUAUUGUUGUUGUUGAUAUUAUUAUCCUUAUAGUACCAUUAUUAGUUUUACCAUUGUUACUAUUAGUAGUAUUAGUAUCUUUAUUAUCAUUACUGUUAUUACUAUGAUCAUUACUGAUACUCUUGUUAUUAUAAUAAUUAUUGCUGUUGGUAUUUUUACUAUAACGUCAUCACCAUUGGAUUUGUUAUUACAGUUAAUCCAAGUUGUUGUGUUGUAUAUUCCUCUUGUUGUUUUAUAUUAUCCCUAUAACUACCGUUGUUAUUUUUGGCAUUACGAUCACAGUAUGAAUGGCGUUUCAACCGCUAUUGGUUUCAUCGCCUUGGUGAUCUACUGUGAUGUGAAAUGAAUGUCAGAAUAUAGUGAAUAAAUGGUGUAAUUCGACAAGGCAGUAAA